UGUCACGCUAAAAGGUUAGAAAUCAGUAAAAUACAGUUUAUUUAUAUUAUUUUACAAACAAUAACAAAAAUAUUAGAUAACUAUUUAUUAAAUAUUUUCAAUAAAAAAAAUAUUAAGGACUGUGUGUUAAGAUAUCAGUGGAUCUGAGUGAGUAUGUCAGGAAAUGGAGCCCUGCUUACAGUAUCUAAGCCGACUGAAUCGGCCGCUGCCUCGAAGAGCAAACAAGGCAACAUCGACGUAGGCGCUGAAAACACACCAAAAUCAUCGAAAUACAAGAAAAAAAUACUAUCUGCCCGCAUGGCGGACGAUGCGGCCACGGACUGCCUGUUCGAGCGGCUGCGGCUGCUGCACGCGCGCGCCGGCGACUCCACCGAGCUCGCGCGCGCCCUCACCGCCCGCAUCCACUGCCGGCUCACCUCGCACGACAAGCAUGUGCGUCAGAGCACCCUGGACCGGCUGUGGAACAAGCAGACCGGCGCCAUGCAGGUGCUGCUCGCCAUAUUGGAUUCCUCACGGGAUAUACCGACGUGCUCGAGCAUAGCGGCCAUAUUGAGAGAAACAUUGUGUGUGAAACAAACAAAAGCCCAGCAGAAAAAAACAACAUCAUCAAUACCCAAUGAGGUCCAGGGGAACAGGAAAAAAGAUUCCAAAAAGGCCGGAAAAGAAAAUAAAGCUCCGGUAGUAAAAAGGGCGGUGAACCCGGCGCGGCAGCAGUGCCUGCUCCAGCUGGUGUCCGACGGAGCCACACUCGUGCUGCUGCGAGCGCUCAUGUUCGCUCAUUACAAGCGAGACGGCAACCUCAGCAACGACCUCUUGACCGCUGACCUCGCCUGGACCCUCGCCAUCCUCGCCCCGAGAGACCCAAAGUUUGCAUUGAGAGCGAGGACGGCUGGGGCGGUGCGCGCGUUCCAUCUCAUAUUGAAAGGACACUUCACGGACAAUAAGUUGAUAUUCCCCUUACUAGUCAUAAUGAAGCAACUGUCCAAAAAUUCAAUAACAACAGCGAUAUUGGUCCGCGAUGGAGUAGUAGGCACGUAUGAGCGUGUUCUGGUGAGUCUGGGCUUCAUCCCCACCACUCGGCUGCGACUGUGUCUGGAUGCCAUCGACUACUUCAGCAAAAACAAGGUGUGCUGCAUGCAGAUCGUGAAGACAGGGCUGGCGGGCGUUCUGGUGCGCGUGUUCGACCGCUGGGACCGCUACGAGGGACGCAUGAAGCUGAAGAUAUGCGCGCACAUACUGCAGACUCUGCAGCACUUGUGCAAUAUUAGGUCGGGCCGGCGCGCGCUCUGCACCAAGAAGCACGUGGCGACGCUGCACCGGUUCUGCUGCCAGUGCCCGGACGAGGCGCAGUACGACACACUGCUCGCUCGCGUGUGCUCCGUGGUCACGCUGUGUCUGCGCCACCAGGCGCUGCCCGUGCCCGGCGUCAGCCCCGCUGCGUUCAACCUCACGCCGUUUAUUAAAGGAACCAAUACGUCCUGGCCUAAUCGCGAAGACGAAGAGGAAGGGAACAUAUUUGACACUAAAUCUGUGAUAUCGGAUGCCGAUGAUGAUGACUCGGACAUAGACAUCGAUGGAGUGGAUGAAUUCCCUGACCCUGAUACAGACUUUGGGGAAAAUGCUGGAAAAAAUGACAUAGCUGAAGACAAUGAUAAGGGUUUUGGAAAAAGCGGUGAUAGUCUGCCAAAUAAUAUAUGGAAUUACCCCUUUGACAGAGAUGUAGAAGACUUAAAAAAAUAUUUCAUAUUCUUCAAAGAAUUCGGUUCAUAUAACAAACAAUUAAGACUGGUUAAAACGAGGUCAAACUCCCGAGGGUCAAUUCUAGACGAGUUCCUGUCUUACCAGGCGUCUGCCAAGAAUACGCCUUCAGGUCUGACCCUGACCAUGGCUAAUUUCCUAGAAAACGUCCAAAGUGAAGGGAUAGUGGGACAGCCUCUGCAUUCUGGAUCCGGGUCUAGCCAGAAGACUUUCGAAACCUCAGCCUCACAGUCCAGCACAUCCCUCAAGAUGCACAAGGAUCUGAUAAACCUGUCUCCGCGGGAGGUCUACUGCAGCGUGGCGUCGCGCGUGCGCAGCGUCAUCCCCUUCGUGAAGGUGGCCUACCCCGACCUGGUGGCGGGGCAGAGCCGUGGGACCAUGGAGCCGCUCAAUGUCAUGGACAGGAAGGCUGCUAGAACGAAAUUACUAGCAUGUGUGGAUCGAGCAAUAAAUCCUGAACAAUAUAUUAAUGAAGUGGUCUAUGACUUGGAUGUUCUGGCAGCCGCACACGCAGGCGCUAGUGACAGUCAAAAGAGCGAUGUAAUGCUGACCAACAACGAUGAAGCGGAUUUAAAUAAAAUGAGCCCCACCUUCAACUCAACGCUGACAUUUGAGUCUAGAUUCGAGUCUGGAAAUCUCAGAAAAGCUAUACAGAUUGGUCCCCGUGAGUACGAGCUGAUCCUCAUGCCGGACGUGAACGCCACACGACGGCACCAGUGGUUCUACUUCGAGGUGCGCGGCGCGCUGGCCGGCCGCCCCUACGUGUUCAACAUCGUCAACUGUGAGAAGAGCGACAGCCAGUUCAACUUCGGCAUGAAGCCCGUCAUGUUCUCCGUCACUGAGGCGGUGUUGGGACGGCCGGGCUGGGUCCGCGCGGGCUCGGACAUCUGCUACUACCGCAACGCGUACCACCCGCCGGCGCAGCGGCACGGCUCCAAGUGCUACCUCACCGCCACCUUCGACAUCGCCUUCCCGCACUCCAGCGACGUCGUCUACCUCGCCUACCACUUCCCCUACACUUACUCCAGGAUGAUGACCCGCAUCUGGCAGCACAGCCAGUCCCUGCCUCCAGCCACGUACUUCCGUGCGGAGCCACUGUGCCUCUCGCUCAACAACAACGAGGUGCCUCUGCUCACCGUCUCCGCCGAGGAUACCCCUAGCAACCCUAUUGCUGACCGUGAAAUAGUGUUUCUGACGUCCCGAGUGCACCCCGGUGAAGCCAACGCGUCCUGGGUGAUGGACGGCACCCUAUCCUGUCUCCUGGGCACCGCGCCGGUCGCUGCGGCUCUGCGGGCCAAGUAUGUGGUGAAGAUAGUCCCCAUGCUCAAUGUGGAGGGCGUUGUUAAUGGCUGUCAUCGGUGCGGCCUGACUAACGAGGACCUUAAUCGACGCUGGUGCAAGCCCAACCCGAUCCUGCAUCCCUCGAUUUAUCAUACUAAGGGUCUGAUGGAGUACCUGGCGCGCGUGUGGAAGCGGCCGCCGGCGGUGUACUGCGACUACCACGGGCACUCGCGCAAGAAGAACGUGUUCUUCUACGGAUGCGCCGGCGCGGAGAGCUGGUGCCACGGCGACCGCCUGGCGCCUGACGAGCCGGCGCAGUACCUUUUACUACCCGCGCUGAUGCACCGCAUAUCUCCCGCGUUCGCGCUGGGCUCGUGCUCGUUCAAGGUGGAGCGCGAGCGGGAGAGCACGGCUCGCGUGACGGUCUGGCGGCAGCUGGGCGUGCAGCGCUCCUACACCAUGGAGGCCUCCUACUGCGGCUUCGACCGGGGACCCUUCAAGGGCUUCCACCUGAACACGCAGCACCUGCAGAACGUGGGCAGCGACUUCUGCGAGGCUCUGAACGGCCUCGGCGACCCCGGCGCCGGCGUCGACCUCCAGCUCACCAGGGACCUCAACGGUAAUAUCGUUGAGAUCAAUGUGAAAGGGGCAAAACGUAAUAGGGAGUUAGUUCUGGACAGCGAUUCAGCGUCAACCGACAGCGCGCUGAAGACUGACUCUGACGAGGAGUUCGACUAACAGUGACGUCACACCGACGAAACAACUGGUUCUACUACCGACAUCUACUGGCCGAUUUUAACCAAUCCAACCUAUCGAUAGUUUACAGUACCCGUAUCACGAAUCGUUUUCUCAUAGUGCGAGUCAGUUAAAAUUUUCAUGAUUGUGAACGUGUGGGUCAAGUAGUUACUCAACAAUU